UGAGUGCGGAGUCAGGGUGCACUGGGUUGGGGACACGGAGCUGUGCGGCUGCGAGGGGUGUGUGUGCAGAGUGGUGACCUGGACGAGGCUCGGUGGGUGGUAAAACCAUGACUCAAACGCCUGGUCUUACUGCCUCCCUUGCCGCCUGUGUAAAUGAGGCCUUACAGCUCCAUCCACAACAAUACAAAUUAAACAAUUUGGCUUUAGAUUUAUUUGUGAGAAGUCAGCUAAUUUUAUCGCUCCUCUGGUGAAAGUGCGUUGGUGGGUCACAACAUGAGCCAAUGGGACUCCCUGUUGAACUUAACUGGACCCUUCAAGGACCACCUCCUAGGACUCUACAGUGACCCGAUUCUACCAGUGGAGGUGCGGCAGUAUUUGGCACCAUGGAUUGAAUCACAAGACUGGAAGCUGGCAGCAAGAGAUCCGUCGUUGGCCAGUGUCCACUUCCAGAAUCUCUUGGAGCAUCUAGACUUGCAGUAUAAUCAUUUUUCCCAGAGGCAGGAAUUGCUGCAAGUGCACAAUCUGCGCAAAUUCAAGUAUGAUAUACAGCAACGAUACCAGGAAACGCCACAUCAUCUCGCAGAACAGAUCCGUAAUAUUCUGCAGCUGGAGAAAAAUAUUCUCUUAGAAGCCCAAGAAAUGGAGAACCAAAAUGAGCAACAGUCGCAAGUACCAAUGGAGAUAGGACAGCAAUAUGAAAUUGAGCAACGAGUUAGUAAAGUAAAAGAACGAAUCCAGUCUGUAGAUCAGGAAGUUAAAUUUCUAGAAGAGCAGCAAGAAAUUUUUGACUUCAGAUGGAAAACGUUCCAGACAGAAAGGUCUUCAAAUCUCCCACCUGAGUAUGUUAAGAAAAAGACAAUAGAGCUGCAAGUUCAACUGAAUGAGCUGGACCGAAAACGCAAGGAGGUCCUGAGCCAGAUUAAAGAGCUUCUCGGGCUUUGUGAGACCCUUCAUGGUUUUCUACAGAAAGAAUUGACUGACUGGCUUCAGAGGCAAAAGUUAGAAUGCAUUGGAGCUGGCACAGACACCUGUCUGAAGCACCUGGAAGGCUGGAUCACAAGGACAGUAGAAGUAUUUUUCCAUCUGAGGCGUCUUCUUCGUCUUUUAAGUGACCUUGCAAUUUUGUUAACUUAUGAAGGUGACCUUCUGAAGACUGAGCCAGAAACCUUGCAGUGUAGGCUACAUGAAAUGUUGUGUAGUCUGCUACAAAUAUCUUUUGUGGUAGAUAAACAGCCAACUAUGCCGUACCCUUGUAAGCGAGCAUUGGUUUUGAAGACCAGCCAACAAUUCUCUGUGAGAGCCAGACUGCUUGUGAAUCUUCCUGAACUCCAGAACAACAUGAAGGCUUUAUGCACAAUUGAUAAGAAUCCACCUGAUAACAAAGGAUUUCGUAAAUUUAAUUUGCUUGGAUCGUCAGACAAGUCUAUAGAAAAUGUUCAGCAAGGAGGACUAAUGGUGGAGUACAAACAUUUGAUGCUGAAGGAACAAAAGGCUGGAGUUGGAGGAAAAGGUAGUAAAGGUGGACCACUGAGCGUAAUUGAGGAGUUGCACAACAUUACAUUUACAACAAAGUUCGAAUACGAAGGGAUCGAAUUGACUUUAGAGGCUGUUACCUUACCAUUUGUUGUGAUCUCCAACCUCAUUCAGUUCUCAGGAGCAUGGGCCUCAGUGCUUUGGUUUAAUUUGUUGAGCCCAGACCCAAAGGUAAAAGUCUCUCUGAAGGAUGUGAACUUUUUUUCCAACCCCCCAGCUGCCCCUUGGUCUCUCCUAGCUAAUGCCCUGAGCUGGCAGUUUUCCUGCUGCACCAAGCGAGGUUUGAAUAAAGACCAGCUACAAAUGUUGGAAAAGAAACUAUGUGGUACAGUAGGUGAAGAAGGGAAUGCUGUGACAUGGACCAAGUUCUCAAAAGAAACCAUGCCCAGAUUUUCCUUCACCUUUUGGGUAUGGUUUGAUACCAUUGUGGCACUUGUCAAAUCACAUCUAGAGAACAUUUGGAACGAUGGCCAUGUUAUGGGAUUUGUGAGCCGCAGCGUGGAGGACUCUCUUUUGAAGACCAUGCAACAGGGCACUUUCCUGCUUCGCUUUAGUGAGAGCAUUCGUGAUGGUGGCAUCACAUGUUCCUGGGUGGACCACCAGUGUGAUGGAAGCUACGCUAUCCGCUCUGUGCAGCCAUACACAAAGAAGGAGCUAUCGCACAUCCCCCUCACUGAAAUUAUUCGCAACUACCAACUUUUAGCAGAAGAAAACAUUCCGGAAAACCCACUGAAAUAUCUCUACCCUAACGUCCCCAAGGAUGAUGCCUUUGGGGAGUACUAUGAACAGAGAAGUGAGAUAACACUGGAAUAUCAGAAGUACAUGAAGCGAAGGCUAAUCAUUGUUUCUGAACGGAACAUAGAUGAUUCACAGAGCAGUAUUGCUUCUGGAACUCCACAACACUCUGCUGAAACCCCACAACACUCUGCUGAAACCCCACAGUAUGACCCUGAUACACCCUUGAGCUACCCCUUUCAGGACUUUGAUGCACUUGGAACUGAAUUGGUGAAUCAGUUAUUUAGUAGUAGUCUUGAUCCACAGAACAAUAUUGCUGCUGGUAGGGCACAGUACUUCCCCGAAGCAGCAGUACAUAAUUAUCCACCUGGAACACCACAUAGUUCCAGGAUAGAAGAUUUCCUUAUAGAUCAAAGCAGUGACCCUAUGCUUUCAGGACUGCAAGGGGAAUCUAGCGAGUUGAACCAGGACACAUUCAAUGCUUAUCAGUGAUGCAAUGUGUUUACUGCAUCCUUGGUCUUUACAAUGGAGGUGCACUUCUCCUGUAUACAUGCACACAGGUGAUGACCAGUGCAGUAACUUAUUACAUUAUAAGCAGCUAAGUGAAUGAAGCUUUGGGUAUUAAAACUGUAAAAUCGAUUAAAUUAAAAAAAAAAAUGGUAAUAAGAGACACUCAGAAUGAAGUUCAGUAGUUAAUAGGAACCAGUCUGUUAUCGUCUUUUAACAGUUGUGUAGUCGGAAUAAUUCAGGUUUAUUGCGAUUGGAAACUGCACAGCAGCGCUGGCUUUAUAAGUGAUUUAGCUUCCAUGAUCGUAGGCACAUAUAAUGGAUAAGGAAUAGACACAGAGUGACUUUAUAUUAAAGCUCAUACAAAUCAAAUUGGAUAGAGCCUUUCUCCAGCCCUGUUGUAUAGGGACCUGGGGUGACUUCUAAUGAUCUCAGAAGGCUGAUUGCAGUUGGCUAGUUAGUUAUUCUUUUUUUUUUUUUUUUUUUUUUGCAAGAAAGUAGUUUUUUCUCUUUUGCUUGUUUCUCGAAUGCAUCAUGGAGGAGAAACGUGGAUACAUUUUAGGGGGGUUUUGUGCAAUAUGUUUGAAUAGGAAAAAAUACAUGCUAAUAUAUUUUUUUUUAAAAUGACAUGGCUAGAGAGUAGCUUCUUAGCAGCAUUAUGUGUUAACAUGCCUCAGUAGGUAUUACUGCCUUGGCCCAUCACAGAGUCAAACAAUCGAUCAACUUGGGGUCCCCUGUAGUUUAUUAAGGUAAAAGGCUUUGCACUCCAUGCUGUAUUCCAGUUAGCAGGAUUUCACGAUUCUAACUGCAGAAACUGAAAUAUGUUCAGACAAUGUGGUUUAAUACUGCUUGCUUAUAAGAAUUAUUUGUUCUACAUUAUUAAAGAAGCCUAUUCAUUUAAA